UUAUUUUUUGCACUUGCCCGCUCGCCGACAUGGCCGUCUGCAAGUUGCAUUGUGAAUUUUUUUUUUUUUUUAACAAGGCCGCGAAUCUCACGUUAAUAUCUGAAUGACAUUCAAAUUGAGAUUAUUCGUUGUGUUUACUGCGGUGUGAUGGGUUUGUCGGCGACCGAAGUGUAAUAGGCAUGAAGGUGAUCAGUCUUGACUGCUCCUUGGGUUGAGAUACCUGUUCCGUCGCAGAGGUCAGAAUCCCGGGCUGCUGGAAGAGUAAAGGACAGCGAGAGACAACCAGUAAAGAAGAGGACGUGUGGAAGCUCUGUGGAUCUUGUGGAAUGUUAUAAUCUACAGCAAACAUAAUUACUGUAUUGCCCUUCAUCACUGAAACACACAUUUCAUGUCUUGAAGACCGCGAUCAUCUUCAACAACUCGCAUUAAGAAUUGGAUAGUUUUCCAGUAACCUGACUGAACAGGUUUUAUUUUCUGUGAAUAGGUGUUUUGAGACAGGCAAAGUGGGAAACACCCACUUUUUGAAAACCCUUUUUAUCAUCAAGAUCUACUUUACAUUGUGUGCUGUGGGAGCUUAAGUUGCUAAUUCACCUGCUACUUCCUCCACUCCCCCUGCUUCUUGUCAGGGACAGUCACCUGACUGGGAGUGGGAGGUGGGUGGGCUGUAUUUUACUAAGUGUAGAGUUGGCUCAGGGGGUUUGUGCUAUGAUCACCUGCUCGUUACCGUGCUGCUCAUACUCUGCUUCUGAGGGACUCUCAGUGCGACCCCAGGACAAGGGAUAGUACGCGGGCAGAGGGCAAAGAGAAAGAGGAGGAGGCGGCGCUACGGCGCAGGCCAGGUGUUUCCUUGGCCUACCGUCCCUUUUUUGUGUGGUCAAUGCGGUAAGACCCCCGCACCCACCCAGACCGUAGCCAUGGUGAAACUGGCCAACCCAAUGUACACUCAAUGGAUCCUAGAGGCCAUCAAGAAGGUGAAGAAGCAGAAACAGCGACCAUCAGAAGAGCGCAUUUGCAAUGCGGUGUCCAUGGUCCAUUCUCUGGAUCGCAAAACGGUUUUGGAGCAGUUGGAGCUCAGCGUCAAGGAUGGUACCAUCCUUAAGGUCACAAACAAAGGUCUCAACUCCUACAAGGACCCUGAACACCCAGGGCGUUUGGCUCUGCCCAAGUCCAAAGGUUGUGGCAGCUCUGGAGGAGGAGGAGGUGGUGGCGGCGGCAGCAGCAGCAGUGCUGUUGGUAGUUCUCACUCCCAUUCUGGGAAGAAACCGGGACUUGACUGGAACAAGUUGAUCAAACGAGCAUUGGAGGGGCUCCAUGAGCCCGGUGGCUCCGGCUUAAAGAACAUUGAACGCUUUCUCAAGUGCCAGGCUGAUGUGGCGGCCUACUUGUCAAGCAGCGGCUCUAUGGGGUCUGGCCUCUUCCACCAGCAGCUGAGGGUGGCCCUGAAGAGGGCUGUGGCCCAUGGACGUGUGGCCAAGCAGGGUCCACUCUUCCAGCUCAUCAGCCGCAGCAGCGGCCUGGAUGACGGGACCGGGACAGUGUCUCUGGGGUCACUUCCACCAGUCCGGUUGUUGCCCCACGAGAAAGACAAGCCGGUGGCGGAGCCGAUCCCCAUCUGCAGCUUCUGCUUGGGCACCAAGGAGCAGAAUCGCGAUAAGAGGCCGGAGGAGCUCAUCUCCUGCGCCGACUGCGGCAAUAGUGGCCACCCGUCCUGUCUCAAGUUCUCCCCAGAGCUCACAGCGCGAGUCAAGGCUCUGUGGUGGCAGUGCAUCGAAUGCAAGACUUGCAGCAGCUGUCAGGAUCAAGGGAAGAAUGCGGACAACAUGCUGUUCUGUGACUCCUGUGACCGGGGCUUCCACAUGGAGUGCUGUGAUCCUCCCCUCACGCGUAUGCCAAAAGGCAUGUGGAUUUGUCAAAUCUGCCAACCCAGGAAAAAGGGAAAGAAGCUUUUACAUGAAAAGGCAGCACAAAUCAAACGGCGCUACAGCGCACCGCUGGGGCGGCCCAAGAACAGGCCGGGGCGGCCCUUUAAAAAGCUGGGCAGGCAUGGUCGGCGGAAGCGCUCGGCCUCCGCCCACUCCUCCUCCAGCUCCUCCUGCGAGGGUUACCCUGGUGACGACCGGCUACUUUUUUCGAUGCGGGACGACGACGACCUGUCGCAGGGCAGCCUACGCUUCAACAACAAGACCAAGGGCCUCAUAGACGCCCUCACAAAGUUCUUCACGCCGUCGCCUGAGGGCCGGAAGGCGCGGCAGGAAGUCGUGGACUAUUCGCAGCAGUGCCGCAUCCGAAAGAAAGCCAAUCGCAAAGGAGAAGGAGAUGAUAGAGACAAUCAGGAAGGCAGCGACUGGCGGGAUGAAGAUGAGAAACUUCCCGGACACGAGAACCUGACGGAAAAAGACAUCGAGCUGUUCAGACACAUCCAGGAGCUGGCACUGCAGAAAGUCGGGGUGACGGGUCCACCAGAUCCUCAGAUGCGCUGUCCGUCAGUUAUCGAAUUUGGCAAGUUUGAAAUCCAGACGUGGUAUUCAUCUCCAUACCCCCAGGAGUACAGCAGGUUACCCAAGCUCUACUUGUGUGAGUUCUGCCUGCGCUACAUGAAGAGUCGCAGCAUCCUCUACCAGCACAUGAAGAAGUGCAACUGGUUCCACCCCCCUGCUAACGAGAUCUACAGGAAGGAAGAUGUCUCUGUUUACGAGGUUGAUGGGAACGUGAGCACAAUCUACUGUCAGAACCUGUGUCUGCUGGCCAAGUUGUUCCUGGACCACAAGACCCUCUACUAUGAUGUGGAGCCCUUCCUUUUCUACGUCCUGACCCAGAACGACAGCAAAGGUUGCCACCUUGUUGGCUACUUCUCUAAGGAGAAGCACUGUCAACAGAAAUACAACGUGUCAUGCAUCAUGAUUCUUCCACAGUACCAGCGGAGGGGCUAUGGACGCUUUCUCAUCGACUUCAGCUACUUAUUGUCCAAGCGCGAGGGCCAGCCAGGAUCUCCAGAGAAGCCUCUGUCCGACCUCGGCCGACUGUCCUACAUGGCCUACUGGCGCAGUGUGGUGCUGGAGUGUCUCCACGACGUCCGCGACCGGCAGAUCACCAUACGACAACUAAGCAAGCUGACCGGGAUCUGCCCGCAGGACAUCACCACCACCCUGCACAGUCUGAGCAUGCUGGAUCAGCGAGGAGACAGGCUGGUCCUGGUGCGGCGGGAGAAGCUGGUGUCCAAACACAUGACUCGUCUCAAGGCCCGGCCGCGGCAGCUGGAUGUCGACCCCGAGUGUCUCCGCUGGACUCCCGUCAUCGUGACCAACACGGUGGUCUCUGAUGGAGACGACGACGAUGACGAGGAGGAGGAGGAGGAGGAGGAGGAAGAUGAAGAGGAAGAUGAACCAGAGGAACACAAACGCAAGGAGAUCAAACCAAGUCACAAGGUCCCACCAAUGUCCUGGCACAUGCGCCAAGGAAAGAAGAGGGAGGAGGAUGAGGACGAGGAGGAAGAAGAGGAAAGAAAGUGCUUCCUGGGGUUUCCCAUUAGCCAAAGCUCUCCCACUUCCCCUCCCAUUCGCUGUCCGCCCUCUGUCCCGGAGCCGCCACGCCCCCUUCCUCCAACAAAUGGACAACGCAGACCACGGGGGCGCCCACCCAAAAACUGGCCUUGGGGCAAAGUGAAAGACAGCGCACGGGUGGGACGGCCGCCUAAGAUCCGCCCCGUGGAGGACGAGGAUGACGAAGACGAGGAGAGAACGGAGGGAGGAAAAACCACAGGCUCUGCCACCGGCCCCCCCUCUCUUUUCUCCCUGGACAGACAGACAGAAUCCACGGCCUUUCACUUACUGGACAUGGCCAGACAUCCCUCCAUAACUCCCACGCGGAGAGGGCGGCCCCCAAGGAAAAAGAGAGGCCCUAAGCCCAGAUCGAUGGAGGGGCCUGAGGAGGGGCUGGCACAGGUUCCUAUGGUUUCCAGGUUGAAUGAGUCUCUUCUUGUCAGGAAGAGCUGCUUUAGUGAAAGCAGUGAAGAGGAGGAAGAUGACGAAGAUGAUGACGAAGAAGAUGAUGAUGAUGAUGAUGAUGAGAGGAGAGCGUGCUCCCCGCCCAUCCUCACCAAGCCUGCCUUGGGGCUCAAAUGCAAGAAGCCUCUGAGGAAGCGUCGCUUUCGUCAGCGCAGCCACCCUCACAGCAGCGUUGUGACGGAGACGAUCUCUGAAACCACAGAGGUGUUGGAUGAGCCUUUUGUGGACUCUGAAUCCGAGAGGCCGAUGCCCCGGCUGGAGGAGGAGACGCCACUGGGCCACCCACUGCACCGCUACCCACCAGCCCGCUCCGUCAUGAGGUUGUCUGACUCGGCACCGAAAAGGGGCCGCCACUCCAACCUCACAGAUUCAGAGGAAGACGAGCUAACGCCUAUGCUGAAGCCUGUGGCCGCUGUCCCAGCAACUCCAUCGGAGACCCUCGCGGCCAACCCGGAGGUCCCAGUCAAGAAGAAGAAAGGCUGGCCCAAGGGGAAGAGCCGCAAACCAUUGCACUGGAAGAAACAAGGUCCCGGAAAGCCGCCCGAGGGCGGAGCAGCCGCAGACGGCCAGGCCCAAAGUGGGGAUCCGCCACCCCCCAAAAUCAAGAUGAAGCCUGGCCGCAAGCCUCGGAGCUGGUACCUGCAGCGGGCCCAGGAGGAGGCAGAGAGGCUCGAGCAGGAAGGACAAAGGCAGUUGGAGCAGCAGCUGGACAAAGAUCCCCAGCUGCUCCAGGCAGACGACCGUCUCAGCAAGCGAGGCUGCAGAACCAACACCGACCGAGACACCAAGCAGAAAGACUCUGACGAAGAAGACUAUCACCCGAAGCCCGUGGAGCAGAAGGUGGCCAAGCGGCCAAGAGGAAGACCGCCCAAGAAUCGCGCCCUCUGCCCGCCACCACAGCCGGCCCCCAAACCGGCCCCCACCUCUGAGCCAGAGGAGGAAGAGGAGGAGGAAGAGGAGGCUGAAAGAUCCUGGGAGGAAGAUAAACCCAGCCGUCCGCCGUCCCGUGCCCUGCUGACCCCUUCGUCCUCGUCUUCCACUUUAGGGCCCCGGGCCUCACAGUCCCGGCCUCAGGACACGGAUAUGGGUGACAGGGAAGAGGAUGAUGAUGAUGAUGAGGAGAGGGAGGAAGAGGAAUGUGGCAGCAUGGGCAGCGGUGGUGGAAGUAUCAACAGGCGAGCAGCAGUUACACCCGGCUCAGGAAGCAGGCGCAGCGAAGACCACGAUGCCGAUGAUGAAGGUGAUGGACACUUGGAGGACAAGAGCAACGACAGCAGCAGUAAGAAAAGAAAAAGCCAGGACUCUGAAGAUGACGAUGAAGAUGAGGAGGAGGAGCCCGCCUCCCUUGCAAGCUCUCCUCCGGUCAAAGAAGAACCCCAAGGCGGAGAGGCUUUUUUAGAAAUGGAGAACAGCGUGGCGAGAGACUACGUCAGCAAGCAGGAGGAGGAAGAAGAGGAGGAGGAGGAGGAGGAGGCUGAGGAGGAGGCGCAGGAGGCCAAGUGUCGGCCCUCCUCGGCCGACCCGCAGCAGGAGGAGAGGCGGCGCCGAGAGCAGGAGGAGUCCGCCGCAGCAGCCGCGGCGGUGGAGACCGUCACAGCCAUGUCGGUUCCCUCCGAGCCGAUGGAGCUCCAGUCCCUCCACCCGGACGACAAGGACGUCACGCUGCUGAUGGAGCCCCAGCACCCGCACCAGCACUGCGACUUCAAAGAGGAGCUGGGCCACCAUCACCCACACCACCACCACUCCAAUGAGCUGGACCUGGAGACGAUGCAGGCCGUCCAGUCGCUCACACAGGGGGAGGCCCAGGACGAGGAGGUCGAAGCCCCGCCGCACCACGGGACCUACCAGGACUGCGAGGAGACCCUCGCGGCCUGCCGGACCCUGCAGAGUUACAGCCACGCGGGGGAGGCCGAGGAGGAGGCGCUGGCCUUGGUGGAGGAGUGCGGGGCCUCCCAGCACAGCAGCCCCCUCCCGAACCCCUCAGGGCUGCCCCUACCCGGUCAGUCUGUGCGCUCGGUGAACAGUCCGGGGUUGCCCUCGGGCAUCAUGGACGCCACACCGGCGGGGCAGAGGGGAGGGACGCCGGGCCCGACUGGAACAGGGGGAAGCGGUGGAGGAGCUGGAGGGGGCUACACCCAGAUCACGCCGGAACAUCCCAGUUCCCUUUCUGCCCCCUCCCAGCAGAACAUGGAGACGUCGCCGAUGAUGGACGUGCCGUCGGUGUCCGACCACUCGCAGCAGGUGGUGGACAGCGGCUUCAGCGACCUCGGCAGCAUCGAGAGCACGACGGAGAACUACGACAACCCCAGCAGCUACGACUCCACCAUGGGCGGAGGGGGGAACGGAGGGGGAAUGUCAGCUGCCGUAGUUUCGGGAGCCACCACAGCCUCCUCAUCGUCGGCCUCCUCUUCUUCAAGCUCGGCCACCCCGUCCUCCCAGUCCAACAGCUGCUCUUUUGUGCCAGCCCCCAGCCUCACAUCCUCCACGGGGACGGGCGGGUCCCAACUGGGGAUGGGCAGCUGCAGCCUCAUCCAGCAAGCGGGGCCAGGGCCCAACGGCGGACCAGGUGCCAGUAAUGUAGGCAGUGCUGGACCCCAGCCGCCCCCGCCCCCACCCCCGUCUAAUACCCCCAAUUGUGGCAUUAAGUCCCCUCAGAGCUGUGGUGUGAUCGAGAGGCCUCCCAGCACCAACCAGCAGCAGCAGUCCCAAAAAAAGGGUCCUCAGCAGCAACAAGCGCCCAACCCUCAGCCUCCACCACCCGCAACACCGCAGCAACAGCAGCAACAGCAGCAGCAACAACAACAACAACAACAACAGCAACAGCAGCAGCAGCAGCAGGCCCUGUCCCAGUGUAGCAUGGGCAAUGGCUUCGCCUCCACGCCCAUGAUAAUGGAGAUCCCCGAGAGUGGCGGAGGAGGGGGCCGCACCCUGUAUGAGCGCAUGGGUCAGGACUUUGGCACGGGGGGCUACCCUCAGCCCUCGGCCACCUUCAGCCUGGCCAAACUCCAACAGCUCACCAACACCAUCAUGGACCCCCAUGCCAUGCCCUACUCCCAUUCAGCCUCUGUCACUUCCUACGCCACCAGCGUGUCUCUCUCCAACCCCGGGCUGGCCCCAUCCCCCCACACCACCCUCCCUCAGGGCCAGCCCACGAUGACCCCGCCUCCCAACCUUAGCUCUGGCUCCAUGAACCUGGGCUCCCUGCAGCUACAAUGCAACAUGCCCACCGCCAACAUUGGUUUGGGGCCCCCGCCGCACACGCAGCGGCUACAGGGCCAGAUGGCCACGGUCAAAGGUCAUAUUUCCAUCCGGUCCAAAGCCACGCAGCAGCUGGCCCCGGCCCCGCACCAGCAGCAGCUCUACGGCCGCAGCUCGGGGGCCGUGGCCAUGCAGGGCUCGCCGCGCACCUUGGCCGUGCAGCGCGGCAUGAUGCCAAACCUAAUGCCCACUCCAGCACCGUACAACUCCAUGAACAUGCCCCUCAACGCCAUGUCGGCCGGUUACAGAAUGCCCCAACCCAUGAUGAACAGUGGUUACCACGGCAACCCCCCUUACAUGAAUCAGCCAGCUCAGUACCCCAUGCAGAUGCAGAUGGGCAUGAUGGGAGGGCAGGGUUACCCGCAGCAGCCGAUGCAGCCCAAUCACCAUGGCAACAUGAUGUACACUGGCCCCUCCCAUCACAGCUAUGCUGGCGUCCCUAAACAGUCACCUUACAUGAGCAGAUGAGCAGCCGAGAACUGAGGAAGGAGACAUGAGGCAAGAGCUGAUACUCGCUGUACUCUAGAUGUCCAUUACUCCUGUUCACCCUCUCCAGCGCUGCGGCGGGCGCCGGGCCGAGGAGGUGAUCGGAGACGGAGGAGGCUCUUUGGGUCUCCUGUUUUUCUGUGUCGUCAUUUUGUCCCUUUGUUUUCUUUUUGGGUGAAAAUGUGGGCUCGUUUCCCCUCCCCACCCAGCUGGUUGUGUACGGGAACAAGUGGGGCUCCGGGUCGGGGGGGGGUGCACAUGGACCUCUGCCGCGCCGCUUCAGGCCAGGCCCGCGCAUCCCUCCCGUCAUGUGACUCUACACAGGCCCGGGAGGCGCCUUCUCCACGCGAUGCGCACCGGGGACCGGAGGGGACGAGAAGGACGAGAAGGACGCACAGAGAAGGACAACACAGGAGCGCCUCGCUCCGUCAGACUGCGAAUGAAAAACAGUGGUUAUCUGAAUAUAUCCAACAAUGCACACAAUCUUUUAAUUGAUAUAGGAAGCCUUACCUUGAAAAAAGAGACGAUGAAACAUGAUGGGCGGACUCGUUGUUUUGUUAAAGAUAAUGUUGAAUCUUAUUUUUGUUGUUCAUUGUUUAUUUUAUUUUUUAUACUUGUGUGCAGUCUGACCUCUUAUAUGCUUUGGUCUUUAUAUGUGUGGCAUUCUGAAAUGGUGACGACACCCUCUCGCUCUCUCCGAAACACCCAAACACCGAGUCCCAGAGCAGCGUGGGAGCGCGAGCUGUUUCCAGAGUCUCUGUCUUCCCGGAGGGACCUUGUACCAAAGACAGCAAAGACACAGGAGAGACGAGCGCGUUGCUGUCUACGACACGCCCACCAAUACAACAAGUAGCAUUAUUUUACAGUUUGCCGCCACACUGAAAACAUUUCGAUGUAAAUAUUCUGGUACUUCCCAAACACAAGCGCGCACACACACACCUAAAAACACACACAGACGCCGGCUAGCUAUUGCCAAACGGUGGCUAGCUCGGGGAAAGUACAACAUUAAACUAAUGUCCACACUCCGCUGACAGACGGUGUCCUAUGUCAGCCUCUUUUUAUUUGUAUUUAAUUUUUUGUUCUAGCGGUUUAGGGAAUGCAGAACAAACAGUGCCAUUUCCAUUGAACUGCUUUUGAGGAGAGUCGGUUAACUAUUGCUGACCCCUCUUACGUGUUAGUGGCCGACCGAGGUCCAGGAGUCUGCUUUUGAAUGGUGUCUUGGGUUAAAUAAAACUGUAUUUCCUCCUUUUUCCUUUCUGCAAAAUUCUGCACUUCCAUUGGCUAGAAACAUGGCAGUAGACAAUUAGCCUUUAAAAAAGGCGUGCCUAAAUGCCUGAUCUAGUGCAUGGAUUGGCCCCUCACACAGAGGCACACUCAUAGAAAGCAGGGUCGAAGGUGAGAAAGUGUUCGAGGUUCUGUUGGUUGUGGCGUUCAACUGGCAGGUGUGAAACGGUUGACCUUGUUGCUCCAUGUACCAGUAUUCAAAGUCAAAAGAGGAGUUUUCAUUUUCUUGCAGACCUGACAUUGCAUACUUUUAUUUGUGUGUAUUGUUCUGUUCUGUACUUAUGUUGUUUUUUUCCUUUUUUGGGGGUUUCUUUCUGAAUUUGAUCAGACUGGGCAGCUUUCUUUUAUGACACGAGCUGACUCUUUUUGACUUUAGAAAAACCUAUUGUAGAGAAAAUGUUUUUUCUAUAAUAUAAAAAGGAAACUCUGACAUUGAUAUUGGUACUGUCAUUUUUUUCACUUCUGUUUCAGGAAAAAAAAACAAUACAUAUUUUUUAGCUCGCCUCUUGGGUAAUAAUUACUAAGAAAUUCAAAAUUUACCAAAAUUACCACUCACUUUUAGUGACUUUAAGAUGCCUUUAACCUCUCCAUUCCAUCUCAUCUCUAGAGUUUUUCUAUCUUUGUGUAGUUAUAUUAAUGCUAUUUUAAACAAAAAGGACUACAAAUAUCUAAAGGUCACUUGGCAUUCUUUUCUUUUUUUACUGUGUGUAUAGGAUGACUUCCUUACAUUAAGAGGCAUGUAAAAAGGAGCUCAGUAUAUUUCUGUCUGUUUAUAUCGCUUCCCCUUUUGUAUCCUUUGUAAUUGUACAUGUUGCGUUGUAUGCUAAGAGAGCGCAAAAUAAAGAGAGGAGUGGCAGCUGGGCACACGGUGAUGGUUGGAAUGCGCUCAGCGGCUUCAACUCUCUACUCUGUCCCUGUAUGUAUUUCCAUUUAUUCUGUUUUUUUUAAUUUCCUUUCUUUCUUAGCAAGUACUUUCAAAGAACUCUGUACAUUUUAACAUAAAAUGAAAAUAAAUUAUGUUGAGCCAUU